UUCGGCGCCGGGCUGUUUACUUGUCAUUUACAUUUUGGGGUGUUUUGUUUACAAACAGAUCGAGAACAGGCGUGGGACGCGGUCAUGUCUACAACAAACGCCGGUAAACAAACCAUUGUACAUUGGUUUCGCAAGGGUCAACGAAUCCAUGACAAUCCCCCAUUGAAGAAAGCAUGUGCGCUGGUGAAUGCCAAUCCCGAAAAAUAUGUUCUUCGCCCGAUAUUCAUUCUGGAUCCAGGGAUUCCACGUUGGAUGACAGUUGGCGCCAAUCGGUUUCGGUUUCUACAGGAAUCUCUCGUGCAGUUUAAUGAUAAUUUGAAAGCUAUAAAUUCGAGGUUGUACGUGGUCAGAGGCACACCAAGUGAUGUAUUUCCGCGACUGUUUGAAGAGUGGCGUGUGAAAGUUUUAACGUUUGAGUCCGAUAUAGAGCCCUACGCCAAGAAGCGAGAUGCCGAGGUGAGGAAGCUGGCGGAUGAGUGUGAUGUGGAGGUGAUUGUGGAGAACUCCCAUACUAUAUACGACCCGUAUAAAGUCCUGAUGCUUAAUUCGGGGCGCCCAAUUAUCAAUUACCGAUCCUUCCAAGCAGUUAUUGCAAAGUUACCAGCUGCUGAGCCUGUUCCGACUCCUGAUCCUAUCAAAUGCAGCCCUCCACUUAAAGAUUUCAUAGAAGAGAAGAAUGGGGUUUGUUACGACGUUCCAUCACUAGAGCAGAUAGGAGUCGAUGUCAACUCUCUGGGUCCUAGCAAGUUCCCUGGUGGAGAAACAGAAGCGCUUUCCCGUAUGGAACACCAUUUGAAGAACACGGAAUGGAUAUGCUCCUUCGAGGAACCGAACACGUUCCCAAACUCACUCGAACCGAGCACGACAGUCUUGAGCCCAUAUCUUAAAUUUGGCUGCCUGAGCUCCCGCCUCUUCUAUAAAUGAUUGACAGAGAUCCUCGCCAAAAACAAGAAGCAUUCAAAGCCUCCAGUGUCGCUCGUUGGGCAGCUGUUAUGGCGUGAGUUUUACUACAGUGCCGCAGCAGGGGAACCGAACUUCGACAAAAUGGAGGGGAAUCGGAUUUGUUACCAAAUUCCCUGGACAUCCAACCCAGAGUAUUUAGAAGCUUGGACCUAUGGGCGAACUGGGUACCCUUUCAUCGAUGCCAUAAUGCGUCAACUGCGCCAAGAAGGCUGGAUACACCACUUGGCUCGACAUGCUGUUGCAUGCUUUCUUACUCGAGGCGAUCUAUGGAUAUCCUGGGAAGAGGGACAGAAAGUCUUUGAAGAAUUGCUUCUGGAUGCCGACUGGGCACUGAAUGCGGGAAAUUGGAUGUGGCUUUCAGCGUCUGCGUUCUUCUAUCAAUAUUUUCGCGUUUAUAGUCCUGUGGUUUUCGGCAAGAAGACGGACAAAGACGGGAAAUACAUCAGAAAGUAUGUUCCAGAGUUGAAGAAUUAUCCAGCAUCGUUGAUCUAUGAACCGUGGAAAGCAACUGUAGCGCAACAGAAAUUGUAUGGCUGUGUUGUUGGAAAGGAUUAUCCAAAGCGAAUUGUUGUACAUGAAGAGGUUUACAAGAAGAACUUGGAGAAGAUGUCCAAGGCCUACAAAGUUAACAAGGAGCUACUUGCGAAAGGCAAGGAGGAAACAGGGUAUGGUGUAAGUUCGAAAGCUUCUGGGGUUAAGAGGAAGUACGAGGAAGAUGAAGAUGAAUGUUAGUUGAAUUCGGGUUAUUAAUUUGGUUACAUGAACAAUUGCAUUAUUCUAGCAUAUUGUUUUGAAUUGUUGUUUGCUUCCUAAUUUAUUGAAUUUGUUUACUCACAUUUGAAAAUUGAAU